AUGGCAAGACCAGGGAACAAGAUCAUUCAAGCCAAGCUGGUACUUCUUGGAGACAUGGGAACUGGAAAGACCAGUUUAGCAUUGAGAUUUGUAAAAGGCCAAUUCUUUCCCAACCAGGAACCAACCAUAGGAGCCGCUUUUUUCACCCAAAUAUUAUCAUUAUCUGAAGCAACUGUGAAGUUUGAUAUAUGGGACACAGCAGGACAGGAACGGUAUCAUAGUUUGGCUCCUAUGUACUACCGUGGUGCAGCAGCAGCAAUUGUUGUCUAUGACAUCUCAAGCGUUGAUACAUUUGUUCGAGCCAAAAAAUGGGUUCAGGAAUUGCAAACACACGGAAAUCAGAAGGCGGUGAUGGCAUUAGUAGCAAACAAAUCGGACUUGGAGCCAAAGAGAGAGGUUGAAGCUGAGGUAGGAGAGCAAUUUGCGCAAGAGAAUGGAAUGUUCUACAUGGAAACAUCGGCUAAGACUGCAGAGAACAUCAAUGAGCUUUUCUAUGAGAUAGCAAAAAGACUAGCUAUAGCUUUACCACCAAAGCCUACCGGAAUGAAUUUGAACAGUGAUAUACAAGAUAGAGGGAGAAGUUAUUUUUGUUGCUCAGCAUGA